GCAAAAGCUGAAAUCGCGGGGUCAGGUGAGACUUCUUUUGACAGAGUGUGACUUGUGCGAGUGCUGUUUCACACUGAGCUGCUGAUUGAUUGCCUUUCUCGUCAUUCCGAAUCCUUGGUACCUAACCUCUCAUUGUGCCGUUUAUUUAAGCAUCAAUCUUUUUGGAGCUAUAUCUCUUGGCAUUUACGAAUUGGAUCCUCACUCGAGCCCCUCGUCAGUUAUCGAUAUUGUGAUACCCUCACUUUCUUUACAAGUUUGAUAUAGGGUUGUUGGCAACCCCGCACCUUUUAUUUCAAGUAACUUCCAGACGGUGGGAUGCGAAGAUUUUGGCCCAUCAUGUCCGCCGUUACUUCAGCCCCGUGGAAAUUCGCGCCGUUGAAACAGCCGUUUGUUCCUAGCCCCAACACCCGCAAGCUAGAGGGCAUCGUUUUUGAUGUCGACGGGACGCUAUGUGAACCCCAAACCUACAUGUUCGCCGCCAUGCGCUCCGCCCUCGGCAUUCCCAAAUCAGUCGACAUCCUCGACCACGUCUACUCCCUCCCCACCCCCGAAGACCAACACACCGCCAUGGAGAAAAUCCGCACCAUAGAACGCGAAGCCAUGCUGACCCAGGUCCCCCAACCCGGCCUCGCCCCCCUAAUGUCCUACCUCGACUCCCGCUCCAUCCGCAAAGGAAUCUGCACCCGCAACUUCGACCUCCCCGUCCAGAACCUCCUUGUCAAAUUCCUCCCUUCCUCCGUCUUUGGCCCCAUCGUCACCCGUGAUUUCCGCCCUCCCAAGCCCGACCCCGCUGGUAUUCUCCAUAUUGCCCGUUCUUGGGGUUUGGUGAGGAAGUCAACUGGUGAGCCUGGCAUUCCCGUUGAUGAGGCGGAGGAAAAGGAAAAGAUUGCCGAGAAGGGGCAAGAAGAGGGGGAGCUACUCCAUACGGAGAGGGGAGAGGAGGUGGCGGAUGCGAGUGGGUUGAUAAUGGUGGGUGACUCAGUGGAUGAUAUCACUGCUGGGAGGAGGGCGGGUGCCAAGACGGUCUUGUUGGUCAAUGAUGUGAAUAGACAUUUGGUGGACCAUGAGCAUACUGAUUUGGUGAUUGAGAGGUUGGAUGAACUGAUCGAGGUUUUGGAGGAGGGGAGACUUUAGGGCAGGAUAGAGUCGAACUUGCUGGACAAGGCAACGAGUAAUAGAUCUCCCAGAAGAAAUGUUUGAGGCUG